AAAUAGUGCGUACCUGAUUCGUUCAAUAAUUGAUUUUUCAAUCAAGAUUUUUGUGGUUGAUCGUCUUUUUCAAAUUUCCAUUUUGUCUUUAAGGAUCACAUUUAUCACUUACUUCAAUUCAACUUGAUCAUGCCCAGUUCUAAUCUCAUCUUUUCAUGUUGUUCCCUUGGGAGCGGCUUUGUCAUGAUAUCAGCUUUUUGCUCGUUUGUAUUAACAUGCUUGACGAUAAUAUUUUUAUUUUCGACGUUGUCCUUAAGAAAAUGAUGCCUAAUGUGAAUAUGUUUUACUCUAGAAUGAUGCACUGGAUCUUUUGAUAUGCAUAUGGCACUGGUAUUAUCACAAUAAAUAGGAACACAUUCAAACUUAAUACCAAAAUCUCUUAGCUGUUGUUUUAUCCAAAGCAUUUGGGAACAGUAAGCUGCAGCUGCUACAUAUUCAGCUUCGGCAGUGGAUAGUGCAACAGUGUUUUGUUUCUUGGAACUCCACGAAACUAAACACGAGCCAAGAAAUUGUACCAUACCUGAAGUACUUUUUCUAUUAACUAUCACCUGCAUAAUCUGCAUCACUAAAACCUUUCAAAUCAUAAACAUCACUUUUAGGAUAAAAUAAGGACAUGUCGUCUGUUCCCUUCAAGUAUCUCAAAAUUCGUUUUACUGCUGUGAGAUGUGAUUCUUUGGGGUUGGACUGAAAUCUAGCACAUAAACCAACACUAAAAGAAAUAUCGGGUCUACUAGCAGUUAGAUAUAACAAAGAACCAAUCAUGCCUCGAUACAUGGUUUGAUCAAUAGUUGUUCCAUUUGGGUCUUCAUACAAUCUAAAAUUUGUAGCCAUUGGUGUAUGGUUGGUUUUAGCAUUGUUUAGUCCAUAUUUCUUAAGAAGUUCUUUGAUGUAUUUUUGUUGAUGAAUAAAAAUACCAUUUUCAGUUUGUUUAAUUUGCAACCCAAGGAAGAAGUUUAGUUCUCCCAUCAUACUCAUUUCAAAUUCGUUGCUCAUUAGGUUAGUAAAUCCUUUACAUAGCAAUUCAUUCGUGGCACCAAAAAUAAUGUCAUCAACAUAUAUUUGAACAACUAGAAUAUCAGAACCUCUAUUCUUAAAGAAUAAUGUUUUGUCAAUUUUGCCUCUUACAAAGUCAUUUUGAAUCAAAAACUUUGAUAGUCUUUCAUACCAUUGCCUAGGAGCUUGUUUUAAGCCAUAAAGAGCUUUAUCAAGCUUGUAGACAUGAUCAAGACAUGAGGUAUUUUCAAAACCUGGUGGUUGUUCAACAAAAACUUCUUCAUCAAAAAAACCAUUUAAGAAAGCACAUUUUACGUCCAUUUGAUAUAAUUUGAAAUUCAUGAAAGCAGCAAAAGAAAUUAAAAUUCUAAUAGCCUCUAACCUUGCUACCGGUGCAAAUGUCUCGGUAUAAUCAAUACCUUCUUGUUGAUUGUAUCCUUUGACCACGAGCCUUGCUUUGUUUCUAACAAUUAUUCCAUGCUCAUCAAGUUUAUUCCGAUACACCCAUUUCAAUCCAAUUACCUUUUUGUGUUUUGGUUUGGGUUCGAAAUGCCAUACUUUAUUUCUUUCAAAUUCAUUUAAUUCAUCUUGCAUGGCUAUGAUCCAUUCGGAAUCCUUUAGAGCUUCUUCAUGAUUCUUGGGCUCGAGAGAUGAUAGGAACGCAAAGUGUGCACAAAAGUUUCUCAUUUGAGAUCUAGUUUGUGUUCCUUUAUUCAAGUCACUUAUAAUCAAAUCAAGAGGAUGGUAUUUUGAUAUCUCCAAGGUUUUGGCACAAAAUCUCUUGUGGGAACAGUAGCAUGUUCUGGUUCAUCAGCUUGAUUAACAUUCUGUUCAGCUACUGGAUUGUUCUGCUCAUCUGUGGGAACAGCUGGAUUGGGAACAGUCUGUUGGUUCUGAAGUACUAGCUAUUCCUGAUCAAGAUCGUUCCUUUCUGCCUCUUCUGGGAUCAGUUGUUCACCUGCUGUUCCUUGAUCUUGCAUUUUCAUUUCUUCUUCAUCAUUCUCUAGAUUUGCAAGACCUAUCUUAUAAUUAUUUGUAUCCUGUUCACUUGACAAAAAGUUAGUUUCAUCGAAAAUUAUGUGAACAAAUUCUUCCACGCUCAUUGUUCUUUUGUUAUAAACUCUGUAAGCCUUACUAUGUGAUGAGUAGCCAAGAAAUACUGCUUCAUCACUUCUUUCAUCAAACUUACCUAUAUUUCGUUUACCAUUCACAUGAACAAAACAUUUACAUCCAAAUACACGAAAAUAGGAAAUAUUUGGUUUAACACCUUUAAGUAAUUCAUAAGGUGUCUUAGAAGUGAUUGGUCUAAUUAAUACUCGAUUCAAAAUAUAACAUGCAGUGUUAACAGCCUCGGCCCAAAAAUUUCUAGGUAAACCACUAGCAAUUAACAUGGUUCUAGCCAUUUCCUCUAAAGUUCUAUUUUUCCUUUCUACUACACCAUUUUGUUGUCGUGUUCUUGGUGCGGAAAAAUUGUGACUUAUUCCAUGUUCAUUGCAAUAACUCAUAAAACUUGAAUUUUCAAAUUCUUUACCAUGAUCUGACCUUAUGUGAAUAAUUUGAUUAUUAGUAGAUUUUUGUAUUUUGUUAGCGAAGGAAACAAACUCAUUAAAAGCUUCAUCUUUACUAACUAAAAAUAAAGUCCAUGUAAAUCUACUAUAAUCAUCAACAAUAACAAACACAUAUCUUUUGCCACUACGGCUUUGUAUUUUCAUAGGUCCACAUAGAUCCAUAUGUAUUAAUUCAAGUGGUUUAUUAGUGGUCACAAUAUUCUUAGAUUUAAACGAUGAUCUCACUUGUUUUCCUUUGGCACAAGGAUCACAAAUUUCAUCCUUAAGGAAUUUUAGAGAUGGUAGUCCUCUAACUAGGUCUUUUGAUCUUAAUGAAUUAAUCAAUGAAUAACUAGCAUGACCUAGACGCUUAUGCCAAAGAAGUGAGUCGUCUUCUAUAACGCUUAGACACGUUAGACUGUUUCUGGGAACAGUGUCCAGGUCCACCACAUAGGUGUUCCCUUUUCUGAUUCCCUCAAGAACGGUGUCUCCUGUGUCAUUCCUAGAAAUAAUGCAUCUUUCAGAAGUAAAGUUUACAGAGUUACCUUUAUCACAAAAUUGAGAAAUGCUAAGUAAGUUAUGUUUCAAAUUCUCGACUAAAAAUACAUUAUCAAUGGCAUGGGAACAGGACCUUCCAACCUUUCCUUUGGCUAUUAUCUCACCCUUCAUAUUGUCAUCGAAGGUUACUGUUCCCCCAUCAUAGGCUUCAAGUGAGAGAAACAUAGAUUUGUCACCCGUCAUGUGCUUGGAACACCCACUGUCGAGAUACCAUGAGCUGUUCCCCCUCACUUGGACCUGAAAAAAAAAUUAAUGGUUAGUUACUGGAACCCAGACUUUCUUGGGUUCCUUGUCGAUUUUGCAAGAAUCAUUUUUCUUAAUCUGAAUGUUAUCGACAUAGUUUCUGUUGGAGACAGUGUACUGUUCCCUUUUGGGGCACUGGUCCUUCAGAUGACCAGUUCCUCCACAGAAGGAACAGAACCUGUCACUAGGAAGAUCAACGUAAGCUUUCUUCUUCUUAUUAUUCUUAAAGUAAUUUAGGCCUUUUGAAUUUUUACUUUUGGCAUCUUGAAUCCAUUUGGGAGUAAUUUUGAUUUUCCCUUUUUCUCUUGAAUUUAAUUCAAGUUUAUCAUUAUUGUUACAGUUAGGUUCUAGAUUCAACUUUAAAUUUUGAAAAUCAUUGCACAUAUCUUUAGUAGAUGCAUCAUUCAAUUCUUUAUUCAAGCCUAAUAAUUUCUAUUGCGACAACUCAAUAUUAAGAAUAACAUUUUCCUUUUUAAUUCUCUCCAUAUUUUCCUUUAGAAUUAUGUUUUGGUCCAACAAACCGAAAAAUCUGUUUUGGACAUCGGAUCUAAAGAUGUUUAUAUAGGAGAUAAGGUCUUUGCUUACCUUGAGUUCUUUUUCUAAUUGGAGACACUUAACAUUGCAAUUUUCAAGUUUAAUUUGUGUCUCCUUUAGCAACUCUAUUAAUUUAUUUUUACUCAAUUUGGAUGGAUGGACAAAAAAAUGAGUUAGAAGAACAUACCUGCUUUAUGGCAAAGGCAUUAAUUUCUACCUUUUGAAAAUCUUCUUUUUUCAAAUACGAUUUGGGUUUGGGAGCAAUUUCAUGAUUGGAGUUAGUAAUGGUUACCUCAAAAUCUCCAAUUUCGAUGUCUCUCCAAACUUGAUAAUUUUCCGCUUUGAUGAAAAUCUCCAUCCUAUUCUUCCAUUAUGUAUAGAAUUUUUCCAUCGAACAUGGGCGGUCUUUGAGUAGAAUAACCUUCUUCCAUUCGCUCGUUCAUAAUUGACAUUUUCGGGAACACCAGAAUCUGCCCUCAGGGUUUCCUGAUCUACUGGGAACAGGGCUCUGAUACCAAUUGUAGACUCAAUUAGGAACGGGAACAGCAACAAGAGGGGGGGUGAAUUGUUGUUGUUACUAGUUUAAGCGUUUUUGCCCUGUUUUUGCGGAAUUGAAUAAAAUAAAUAAAGCUUAAACUUAGAGCGAAAUAAUUAAAAGAGACAAACGAUUUUUACGUGGAAACCUUCUAGGCCUAAAUAGAAGGAAAAACCACGACCCCUCGGGAUUUCUAAAUUCUCCACUAUGUUUAAGGCAACUCGUUAGAAUUACAUUAAACAUCUUACUUCACUCGAAGCGCAUCAACUAGGCCAACUCUUCUCUCUUAAAUUGCUUCACUCAAAGCAACAAACUUAGCUUCACUAAAAGCUAAUUCUCACCACUAGCUUCACUAGAAGCUUUCUCCUUAGCUUUACUCAAAGCUAAUCUCUUCUCUAGCUUCAUUAAAAGCUAUCUAAUUUCCCCCUUAGACUCACCCGAGUCUAAUUACAAAUUUUCUCAAAAACCCCUACAAAGGAUAAAAAUUCUCUAAAAAUAAAAUCAAUGAGUUGCACAAGAAAAUAUUAUAAAUUAAUUGGCAUUUUAAAAACAAAAUUUUCUUGUAAAAAUUCUCCCAAAAUUACGUAUGAUUUAAUGGCUCAUACUAAGGCGAGUUUUGAAGAAUAACCGAGCCCACUAUUUAUAGAGCUAAAAUCCCUAAGAAUAAGGAAUAUUCCAAUCCUUUAUCCCAUUAUCAAAAGAUCAUGGGAGUAAUGUGGAUAAAGCAACCAUACGGUUAUUUGAUUAAGUCAAACCAGACAGAAAUAACCGCUGUCUUCUGUUCCCUUCAAGCAGCAGUUUCUUCAAUAGCUGUUCCUGUUCCAGUACUAAUUGCUAGAACGUGUUUGCUAUAAAUAGAAACGGUUAUGCUUAUUACGAAUGGUUACUUGCUAACUUGUAGGUAUAAGGACGGUCAAGAAUGAUAGCUAAGACCCAUUCAACAACCACUAAUUCUAUUUUUAGUAAAUCCAAUAUUUACUAAAAAUAGAUCCUAAAAUAAAGGAUCUAGGAAAAUAAGGACGUUAAUUCAUUUUUUUUAAGAAAAACGAUUUGCCAAUUAAUUUAAUAAAUCACUACUGCAACAAAUUAAUUUUAUUAAAUACAUUAACUAAAAAUACUAAUUAAAAUAUAAUAACCAGAAUUUUCAGUCAACGUAGUCAACCUUCAGCUUAGGAACAGUGCGCUGUCUCCAGACUUCAGUUUAGCUAGAACUUCCAACUUGGGAACAGUAGAUCUGCUGUCUCCAUUUUACAUCCCAAGCGAUAUGCUUAUCCUAACCUCUUUUGAAACCUUUUGACAUGUACGUUUCCAUAAGCUAAGUCAUAGGUACUAUCAACGAUCAUUAUCACGACCGAAUAUCGACCUGCACACAAUCUCUAAAAACAUAUUUGCUUAAAUAAAGUGUAGUCAUCAUCAAAACUCAAGAGGUCCAACACUUACAAUAUACUUAAUGCCCAUCAAAAAAUUACUUUAAAGAUCUAUUUAUAAUAUUCUUAAUGCUUAUCAAGAAACUUAGCCUACUAACUUACUUACCAUAUCUUUAAUGCCUACUUAUAACAUCUUUAAUGUCUACUUAUAAUAUACUUAAUGUCCACCUAGUAAGUACUUAAGUACUUACAAUAUUCUAAAUGCAUACUUACAAUAUUUUUAACGCUUACCGAAAAACUUACUCUAUAUUUUCCUUUUGAGUUAGCCCAAUUAAAAAUGGUCUCUCAAAGAAACCGUCUCUUACAAGAAUUUCACCGAAUUGGGAUUCUCAUUUUCAUGCCUUUUUCUUUUUCUUUUUCUUUUUCAUUUUCUUUUUUUCUUUUUCAUUUUUUUUCAAUUUUUUUUUUCGAAUUUCAUCAUAUAUAUGUGCAUCAUACAUACUAAUCAUUUAUAACAAAACGAAUUCCCUCAAAUAUAAUUAUGUAUCACAUUUUUCUUCCACGCUUAAAUAUCAUGUGCAGGAAAGUAUAUAAUAGGGAAAUCAGAAUUAUUGUAAUUGAUUAUUAUUGAUUUGAAAUUUAAUUUGUAAUCUAGAAUCCCGAUUCUUAUUUGUCGCCACCAUUUUCAUUUUAUCGCCACCCCCUCGAAUGAAAUUACGACUUUACCCCUGGAAUUUAAAAAAUUACGAAAAUGCCACUAAGCUUAAAACCUCUAUAAAAACACUUCAAAUCCACUCAAUAACACUUUCAUCACUUCCAUAAACUCAAAUUCUUCACAUAAAAUUAAGCGGAGCUAAAACUUUGGAAUCGAAGUCGUCAACAAAAAUUCGAGUAAAUGGCUGGAAAUCAAGGUAAAGGAAAAGGGUUUUUUAGAGGGUUAUUAAGCGGCAAUAGAUCUAGGCCUACUUUACUGAGAGGUGAUCCCCAUGAGAGGGGGGUUACGGGAUCUACAAGGCGAGCAAAGCAAGAACAGGCGGCCAUACAUAGUCAGGCCCAACGUUCAAGUACCCUAGAGCAAGUGCGUAGUCGCUUUGAGCGCCAGAGUAGCCUACAUAGUCAUACGGUCGGCUCAGGUGACGAUGAUACUGAUUACGACGAGUCUCUUAGUCGGGAAGAGUCUCUUGGUCAGGAUGAGUCUGCAUGUCAUCCUAUUGAUUGGACGAUCGUAAGAACCCAUGCUGGUAAGUUCAGGAUUAGAGGGCAGGGCUCGGGUGGCACUUCUGAUCAGGCAAGAGUAAGUCAGGCUGAGGAUGCGGCUCCACGGGGGAGGAGGAGCUCACAAUCGGCGGACACGGACUGGUUAAUCACAUCACCCCAGCCCGGGGGCCCUGUUGAUACUACUUUAAUACCCAGCUACGGUGGGCACGUAGCAAAGGUUAUAUUUGAGGGAUCGGAGCGCACCCCUCCGAUUUUGGAAUGUCGUGCUCGGAAGAAAACGUUGGAUUCAAUCAUUAGACUUCAGGACAUGUCUGAUGAAUUGUACAGGGUGUUACUUGGUACUCCCCUUGGUCGUCUGCCGUAUAUAAUGCACCAGCACAUCGACAGUGCUCUCAUUACGGCAUUUGUGGAAAGGUGGCAGCCUGACACCAACACCUUCCACAUGCCGUGGGGGGAGAUGACCAUAAUGUUGCACGACGUGCAACGCAUCUUAGGAAUUGGCAUUGACGGCUCACUUCCCGUGCAACCGUCUGAUAGUGACUGGCAGCUUGGCCUGGCCGGCCUUUUUGGUAUGCCAUUGUCGGAGCUGCGUGCGAAGGGGCACUUUACAAGCGGCAAGAUUAAUGUUGGUGCACUGUUGCAGCUAUGCCACCGUUCUCAGUCUAUGGAUACUCAACGUACCGCCUACUACAUGGCUAUAGUAGGUUCCACGUUGCUCGUGGAUAAGACUAGAGUCGGGAUGCGUCCUCACCCUGUUGUUACUGUCACCGCUGAUCAGGCUGACAUUGCUUGUGGUGCAGUGACGCUUGCUCACUUGUUUGGCCAACUGGGUAUGGCGACAAGGACUGGGUGCAAGACUAUUGCUGGUUGCCUGACACUAUUGCAGACAUGGAUUUACGAGUACUUCCCAGCCUUCCGCCCCCAUCCGCGUCAAGCUGACAUGCCGAACAAGACAAGGGCAGAGAUGUGGUCCCCGCCGAAGCCAAUCCGCGAGCUGAGUAGACUGAUAGACUGUAGGAGCAUACUGGACGCCAUGACAGAGGCACAGGUGGAGUGGACUCCGUACAUGACUUAUGAUAGGUCUUUAUUGAACGAGCACCCACGUACCUCCUAUAUUGGUGGUAUCACCUGUUUCGAUAUCGUGGAGGUCUAUUUGCCUGAGAGGACAGUGAGGCAGCUCGGUUUUGCACAGGAGAUUCCCCCGGCUCCGCUGAGACCUACCCAAGCUCUGCGACCAGCAUAGGGCUCCUACUCAGUUACAUUCGCUUCUUCUUGUAUGUUUACGGAGAUGUCGAGUAGGUUCCCUUACUGUGCCCGUGUAGUUGAGCAGGCAUUGGUUUAGAGUGUCUUCCCACUGUUUUCUCAUCCCAGGUGAAGGACCUGCUGCUGCGUUUGGUGUUGCGGAUAACAGAGUCGAAUAUUUUGCUGCUAAAUUUCCAACUUGACUUGCGCCAUUGCUCAGGAUGCCAGCUAUUGCUCAAAUGACGCCUCGGGAAAGAGAUGCUGCUGAUAUGUAUUUAGAUGAUCUUAGAGAGUUGUUUGCCGAAUGGCAAGAGUGUAGAGGGCGCAGCCCUUAAUAGACAUUUGCCUGUUUUGUAAUGAAUGAACAAUUGUUGUAUUUAAUCUGUAUAUAUGAACAACUUUUUAAUCGUUUGAAUCACUUACAUAUUUACUGACUUAAUUAUUACAAUGCACUGAAUUAUAAAAAUGAUAACAUUGAAUUAUAUAUAAACACUAUGGAGAAUCUAAAUUCACCGCGUCUCCGGCGGUGUUAAUAUGCUGUUGUCGUUGUACGCUGCACAUUCUAUUCCAAAGUGAUAUCCUAUUACGAUAUUGUCUUUCUAAAUCUGCACAUGAAUUGUUUGCUGCUGCUCUCCAAUUUUGUUGGACUGGCGGCAGUGGAGAUGAAUCAUCGUUCAUUAAAAGCUGAACAUAAUGAUUCCCGUUUACCCAAAGAAUAUGUAUAAGUUUAUUUACGCCAUGCGUUCCUCCUGUUCUUCUUAAAGGAAGCACUAAACAAUUGUACAUUGGAUGACCAUCCGCAGAGCCAUAAUACGCAAUUGCUACGUUUGAAAAUGUUGCUGCAGAAUACAGUGUUGUCAUUUCCAACCAGUGAGCGUACGGAGCAGGUCCUUUAUUGUGGGCACCAACUCUGAAUAUAGCUUCCUCCACCGAAUCAGCUGAUAGAUAUACGCGUGCAUAUUGUUCUCUAUGCGUUUCCAUUUCCAAACUCAUUGCACGUCGUAACAGAGGCCAUGCUUCCUCACCCCCUAACUCU